CCCGCCAAAACCAUUUCGUCUUCCAUCAUUCUCUGUUUCUUGAACAACAACAGCUCUCAGUUUCUUGAUUUUGCUUCAAUGGCGCUCAAAUUCCGUACACUCUCACUCACCAUCCUCCUCCUUGUGCUCAUCGCCUUGAUCAUGCUCCCCGACGGCGUUGUCUCCCUCACACCCCGAGAGUACGAUUCGAUGCAGCGAGUGCUCCGAGGCCACGGCUACAACCUGAUGUGCAACGCCAUGGCGACUUCAGAUCUCCAGUGGCUGCUCCUCACGCUCCCGGCGAACUCGUCCUUCACGAUCUUCGCUCCCACCGACGCCUCCCUCUUCGCGCUCGACAUGAUCCAAACGGCGUCGUCCUACACCGACACCCUCCGCCUCCACGUCGUCCCUCUCCGCCUCUCGCUCUCCAACCUCCGCUCGCUCGCCGCUGGCUCCUUCCUCCCCACGCUCCUCCCCUCCAGCGCUCUCCGCCUCGUCUCCGCCCGCCCCCUCUCCGUCUCCGGAGUCGACGUCGUUUUGCCCGGCCUCUUCUACUCCCACCACCUGGCUGUUCACGGCCUCGGCGGCAUUCUCAGCCUCGCCUCUCUUGUUCCCUACGGUUCCUCCCACUCGCCGGUUCAAAAGGUCGAGCCCAUGUCCACGUCUGACUUCAACGGUACAGAUCUCUCUCCAGUGAUCGCACCAUCUUCGGUGAAUACUGGAUCUCCGUCUAUCUCGCCGGCGUUUGUCUCGGAGGACGAAAUUUCGCCGCGGGACACCGUUGAUACGCAACGGGUACAGUUGGUGUUGCAGAGGUGGGUGUAUGCCUCGCGAAGAAGAUGA